AUGAUUUGGCUAUCAGAGAGACAAAAAUUUGGUGUUGGUUUCACAGCAGGUGGGAUCUUCUUUUUCAUAUUUGGAAUAUUGACAUUCUUUGACUCGGGACUUCUUGCCUUGGGCAAUUUGCUCUUUAUAAUUGGUCUCAUCCUUAUAAUUGGCCCACAACGUACGGUUUCCUUCUUCACACGUCCAACCAAGAUUAGAGGCACAGUUUGUUUUGCAUUGGGGAUAAUACUAAUCUUGAUGAGAUGGUCUUUUGUGGGAUUCAUAUUGGAAAGCUUUGGAAUAUUGGGAUUAUUUGGUGAUUUCUUUGGCACAAUUGUACAAUUUUUAAGAUCCAUUCCUUAUAUUGGUGAUGUUUUAAGUCAUCCUUUUAUUGCACCUACCAUUGAUAGAUUAGCUGGUAUUAAUAACACAUUGCCGGUAUAG